AUGUCUCAGCAAGGAAACAAUGGUAGGGGGUAUGGAGAGAUGCCCGAGUCUAUUCGGAUCAUAUUGGGACCCAACUCGGGAUUUCAGUGGAAUUCCCAGCGCACCAUGGCAGCCAAUAUUGCCAAUCUAAUGUAUGGAGAAGACGACAUUGAUGAUGAAAGCAGCCCCUUUACUUCAGACGAUCAGACUGUGAAAUCAGCAACAGGCUUGAGAUUAUCAGACCUACUACCUCGGGGGACUCCAGCCAAGAAUAUGGUAGAGGUCGUGGAGAAAAUAAGUAUGUUGGACAUCGAUUUAUCUCUCAGCCCUCUAAAGGUCCUACAACUACAAGUCCAUAAUGUAUUCUUCAAGGGUCUGGAAGCCGCUUCUCAUCUUUGCUCGAGAAUCCAAAGCGCGGCGAUACACAACAGCCACCACGUUGAUUUAGACCUAUGGUAUCAGAGGCACCCCCCAUUGGACAUUGAAUGGAGAUCUUGCAAACUUGCUUCGACAACAGUUCUUCUUCUCGCUACUCCUAAAGAGAAGCUCUUUCCGGCUCUUCAAUUCAAUUCUCAGAGUUGCGGUGGUCUGCCAUCACUCGACGAGAUCCGGAGCACUCCCACGUCUUCCUUCGCCUCCGAAUUUUCCAAGGCCAAACAAGCGGCUCAAGGUUCAUCACAGCGCACCACUGUCAUAUGCGUCUCUUUGGUAGAUGUGCACAUAUUUGAGCUUGCCAAGGUAGGCAGGGAUGAAGGCUACUCGUCUUUUGCCCAUUCUUUCGUCGUCGGCAUCGGACCAGAUGGCAUGGUUAUCUGGCAAGCCUGGGGAGAACAUGGAUACCGGCUUGACGAGUACUUGGCACGCAAUGGUGAUAGGAUUCGAUCAUGGUCGGAGGCAGACGCAUUUGUGAAGGACUUUGAAUCAUUAGUCGGUAAGAACCGUGGUCCCUGGAAUUUCAAAAGAAACAAACUGUACAAGCGAUGUUUCGAGGUCGAUAUUCAAAAGAUUUGUGGUGGUAAAGGACAACAGGGACCUAUUGUACCGAAAAUCGAGAACUGGCUGCUAAAUCGCCCAUGUGCCUCUAGUCGACAGCGCGGGAUGAGUGGUACACCAGCUUUGGCGGUGAUAGUACCCAGAACUGGAUAUCCCAUUGCACCAGCUACAAUGAGUUCCUCGCCAUCGGCUAUAGAGGGGUCUAGCACGUCACCUGUGAAUAGAGACGGUCAGCGAGACAGAAGGUUUGGAAAGCAUGGAACAAAACGAGGAAAACUACGUAACGGAACAUUUGUACUGCCUAGUACAGGAGAACGAGUUCGCAGACAAAUCACAUUGCGAAGUCCUUCAGGCUUCGACGGAACGGCGCGAUCAUAUGGAUAUGAUGAAGGUCUGGGUUUGGGUUUAAAUUUGAGGAGGGAAGACACAAACGCAUUUCAAAAGGGAUGGACCUAUUGUGUUAAAUCUUCCAAAGAAUUUACACAAUGGAUACAAUCUCCUACUGGGAAAGGAAUUCUCAAAUGCUCAUUGGCAUACACACUCGGAAGCUUGGCUACCUUCUCACCGCAUUUGUCGAACUUUUUGGGGCAUCAAGAUGGGAAACAUAUGGUGGCUACGAUCACGGUCUAUUUUCAUCCUGCUAGAUCAUCGGGAUCUAUGAUUGAAGCGGCGAUAUUGGGUAUCUCGGCAUUUCUAUAUGCGGUCUUUAUAUCGGUGUCGAGCAUGGCCGUGUCAUAUUACUGCGAAACGCAAUUGGGUCUUAUAGAGCUUGGCUAUACCCUUAUACUCAUAGUAUUCUGUGGAGGGGGUCUAGGGUUUAUUGGUUGGUUCAAGCAGGCCUAUAACGCUCCAUUGGUCAGUGUUGCUUGUAGUCUGGCAAGUUUGGCAAUCAUUACGGUUAUCACGAAGGAGAAUGCGGUGCAAGUGGGUGUCUUCUCCAAUGAUAAGAUUGUUCAAGUGAUGAAAAUGAUUAUCAUGGGCAUGACUUCAACGUCAAUUGUCAGUUUGUUGGCGUGGCCAAUAUCCGCACGAGCAGAGCUUCGAGAAGGCAUGAUCAAAACUACAGAUUCUUUUGGAGAUAUGCUUACUAUGAUCACUCGAGGAUUUCUUAGUGGUUCUGAAACUGAUUUGCGCUCAACAUCCUUUGACCAGGCGCAGAAGCAAUAUAAAUCGAUUUCUACUCAACUCACAAACAAUCUGAAGGAGGCAAAGCUGGAACAUUAUAUUUUAGGUACAGAAAACGAAUAUGCAAUCGAAGCAAGGCUUGUUGGCUGUAUGCAGACACUUGCCCAGUCCAUUGGAGGUCUACGAAGUGCUGCUUUGACCCAAUUUUCGUUACUACACGAACCCCCGAUGAAUAGUGCAACACCCACAGGCUCACAUGGAUUCUCAUCGUCUCAAUUAGAUCCCUUUAGUCGACCUCUUAGUAGUAAAUCGGAUCGAUUUGCGGUCCUUACAGCCAUUGAGGAAGCAUCGGAAGAAGGCAGUGAUCUUGACGCCGUUUCGGAGAGACCCAAGUUUCUUACUCGACAAGGUACGGAGACCAGUCUAUCAAGUAUAGCUAUGCCUACAGUUCGAACACCUUCGGAGAUAUUUGGAAGAUUUAUCCUUCAUUUAGGCCCAUCAAUGAAGUCUCUGGCAUAUACUCUCUCACAGAUACUAGAAGAACUGCCUUUCUCUGAAGGCCCUGACUACCGCAUCACUAUCAACGAACACUUUCGAUCGAGUCUGACUGAAGCACUAAAGCUCUACAGCAACGCAAGGGCUAAGGCACUCAAGGAACUUUAUAAGUCAAAAGAGCUCGAUAAAACGCGCCCGGAGAGCAUUGAAGCCGAUUUCGAAGAGGUAGCUUCAAGUUGCGGUCAUUUUAGUUUCAACCUUCAAGAUUUUGCAAGCGAGAUGCAAAACUAUUUGGCAAUCCUAGAAGACCUGAAGGAAGAAGUAGAACGUCCCAAAAAUCGUUCAUGGAGAUGGUUGAUGUUUUGGCGAAGGUCUAAACGAGGGGACGCCAUCAAUAAUGAAGAGCAAGAACAGCUUAUUGCGACUGAUAUAGGCUCUGAAAUGCCUAAAAAUAUUCCUGAUCCUUUACGUACCAGACUUGGAUAUAGAAAGGUGGAAAUUGCUGCUAAGAUCAAUGCAGGAUCUAAGGGAGGGGUUAUAAGACGAAAAGCAAUGCGUAUAGUACGGUUUUUAGAUCGCGACGACAUACGGUUUGCCGUGAAGGUUGGCCUUGGAGCAGCUCUUUAUGCUCUUUUUGCUUUCAUACCGGAAACAAGACCAACAUAUCAAUAUUAUCGAGGUGAAUGGGGACUAUUGUCUUACAUGUUGGUAUGCAGUAUGACAAUAGGGGCAUCCAAUACAACGGGGUGGGCUCGUUUCAUUGGUACUUUCAUUGGCGCCGUAAUUGCAUGCGUCGUUUGGGUCAUUUGUGCCGGCAAUCCUUACGCAUUAGCCUUCUGUGGAUGGCUCGUCAGUUUGCCGUGUUUCUACAUUAUCAUCGCGAAAGGCAAUGGUCCCUUUGGUCGUUUCAUCAUGCUUACUUAUAAUCUCUCCUGUCUAUAUGCAUAUAGUUUGUCAGUCAAGGAUUCCGACCAUGACGAUGAUGAAGGUGGUACCAGGCCCAUCAUCACGGAAAUCGCAUUUCAUAGAGUCGUUGCAGUUCUUGCAGGUUGUAUCUGGGGGCUGAUCAUCACGAGGGUUGUAUGGCCAAUUUCUGCAAGACAGAAGUUUAAGGAAGGCUUAUCACUUCUGUGGUUACGAAUGGGUCUUGUCUGGAGGAGAGAUCCUCUAUCUACGAUUGUAGAGGGUGAAUCUGAACACGCGUAUAUGAAUUUGAGAGAGGAAUUCGAAUUCCAAAGGUAUAUAUUUGUACUCGACAAACUUCGAAGCUCGGCCGCAAGUGAGUUCGAACUUCGAGGUCCAUUUCCAUCCGCUACUUAUGGGCGGAUAGUCGAAGCUACGACUAAAAUGCUUGAUGCAUUUCAUGCUAUGAAUGUAGUCAUUCAAAAGAACGCGGAAGCGAGUGAAGGUGAAGCUUUGUUAUUGAAGUUCACAGAAGAGGAAAGAGCGCAACUUUGUGCCAGAAUGAGCCAUUUAUUUCAAGUCAUGGCUUCCUCAAUGAAACUCGAAUAUCCACUUUUGACAGACGGUCUUCCCAGCACGGCGCAUGCUCGCGAUCGCCUCUUGGCCAAAAUCUUCCAAUAUAGGAAGAACAUGUCCAUUAGUAAUCGUCGAAGUCAUGAGGAUGAUGCACCAACACAAUCUAAUGAUGAAAAUGAUGACAAAUUACCGGAAUCGCAUGGUUUGGGACUACAAGAAAAUGGGGCGCAAGGGAGUGAAGUGCAAAGGAGAGUGAGUCAGGGGGUUACGGUGAAAGAUGAAGAUUAUGAAAUCUUGUAUGCUUUUAUCUUGGUGACAGGACAGUUGGCCGAGGAAAUUGAAAAGAUGCAGAGAGAGCUAGAGAUUCUGUUUGGGGUGUUGGAUGAGGGCGUUCUGGAGUUGAGAUAG